UUGGCUUACGUAAGCCACGUGACCACUUUCAUACCCGCACCGGUUGAUGUGUUUGGCGGGUACACAUAGCGUUCUUUGCUUUUACGUUGUGAUAGGAGAAAUACCAUGGCAGGUGGGAAAGCUGGAAAAGACUCUGGUAAAGCCAAGGCUAAAGCUGUUUCAAGAUCUGCGAGAGCUGGAUUACAGUUUCCUGUGGGAAGAAUCCAUCGGCAUUUAAAGAAUAGGACGACGAGUCAUGGAAGAGUAGGAGCUACCGCAGCUGUUUACAGUGCUGCGAUACUGGAAUAUUUAACAGCGGAGGUAAGGACGCCAAGAUGGCUGAUGUUUUAUUUUCUUUUGUGGCGUCACCUCAAAUUUCAUUGUAACACGAUUUUAAUGACUAAUGUUCGUAUUUGUCGGGUGCUGGAGUUGGCCGGCAAUGCGUCGAAGGACUUGAAGGUGAAGCGAAUCACGCCGCGCCACUUACAGCUGGCCAUCAGGGGAGACGAGGAGCUCGACAGCUUGAUAAAGGCGACCAUAGCAGGAGGCGGUGUCAUCCCACAUAUCCACAAGUCUUUGAUUGGCAAAAAGGGAUCUCAGAAGCCUGCAUAAGUGUGCUGUCUUUUACGCUACCCGUAAUUAUGAAGCACGUUUUAUAGGGAAGAGACGUUUUGUUGUAUGACAAGAGUGGAAUAAUGAUUAGUUCUGUGAAGGAAACGUGUGACAGAAAAGGGGACCUUGAUAGUGUGUUAAAGAAUGUAUAAUGUUGUUUGGACGUCAUUCCAAAUUGGUUUUUAUACACUUAGCAUUUGGGAUUGUGACCAUGGUGCCAGUGUAGGAGAGUUAAAUGUUAUGUCUGAUUGCAUAUUUUUUGUAUGUGUUUAAUUAAUUUGUGUAUUUUGUCACAAAUAAGCACUUCCACUUGUAUCUGCACAUAAGAAAUGCAGUUAUACUUGUGCAAUCUAGGCAACACUUUUAUACUUUUAGUCUGUAGCUGAGUUCCAUUUCUAUGCAUGAAUACAGUGUUAUAGUUCAGAAUUUUGUUUUAUGACUAUGUGGAAUUGUCAUUAGACCAGACCUUUUUUAAUUUAAUUUCACCCACGCAGAUAUGUUCCCUCAAAUAAAUGUCAUUUCUUCAUGUUACAGAUGUAAUAGCCAUUGUCUAGUGUUUUUCAGGUAUAACAACCAGACAGUAUUUCCUGACCAAAAGCAUGGUAUUUAAAUUAAUGCUGUCUUUAGUUUAGUUUUUCUACAGUUGUGUGUGUUACCAUUUACGUAUGGUAAAUUUUAUUUAGUUUGAGUGUGAUGGAGCUAAGGAGAAAAUAGAACAUAAGAAUGGUUCGAUUCGAUCGGCCACGUGUUGAAUUGAGUGUUACGAUGAAUAAAGAAUGAUGGGCUUUAGUAAAUGUACUUCAAGUUUCUUGAGAUCUCUGUUGUGAAUUUUACUUUCACUUGCUGUGUCCAUCAAAAACAUUGAAUUGAGGAGAGCAAUUUUGUCUGAGAAUGGUGUUCUGUAGCAUGAUUUCAUUUCAUAAACAAUAAAUAUUGACUAUUUCUAUUAGUUA